ACAAUUGAAGUUGGUUAUCAUUGCCUAGCUUCACGGCAAGAAACAAAGAACUGAGCUCGCUACUACAGUUGCCGAGUUUCCAACAACAAUGGCGAGGCCACCUUGCUGCGGCGAAGACGAGGAGAAGGUGAAGAAAGGCCCCUGGACGGCCGAAGAAGACGCCAAGCUCGUCGACUACAUCACCAACAAGGGCCACACCAACUGGAAGUCGCUGCCCAAGCUGGCGGGUCUAAACCGCUGCGGCAAGAGCUGCCGCCUCCGCUGGACCAACUACCUCCGCCCCGACAUCAAGCGCGGGAAAUUCUCCGACGAAGAGGAACGGCUCAUCAUCAACCUCCACUCCGUCCUCAGCAACAAGUGGUCGAGGAUAGCGACCUACCUACCGGGAAGGACGGACAACGAGAUCAAGAACUACUACAACACGCACAUCAGGAAGAAGCUUCUCCAAAUGGGGAUCGACCCGCAAACCCACAAGCCGCGGACCGACCACAGACAGAUCAUCAACCUCACCCAGCUGAUAGGGGCAGCUCAGCAGCUCAACAGCAUGAUGAUGCUCAGCAGUAAUAGUAACAACUACAACACUAAUGGUAUCAUUCCCGACGGACUUUUAACGACGAACCUGCAUGAAGCUGCGGCGAAGGUGCAACUGGCGCAGAACCUUCUGCACCUUUUCAACCCGACAACCGCCACCUCAGCUUCACCCUUCCUGGCCCAACAACAAUUGUCACAGCUUUUUUGCAACCAGCUCAUCAAUACUUUGGCGACGGCUGGUGGGUCGUCGCUAAUGGUCAACAACAGCAGCAACGGGGCUUUAGCCAUGCCGGGGUUGGUAUCGCCGGAGGCGUCAUCAUCGACGUCACUUGUUCAUAACAACAACAACGUUAACGGCGGCGGUGAGAUGGAGAGGAUGAAGAUGGAGGCGGAGAACAACAAUAAUAAUUACCAGCAGAAUUUUUCGGAUGGAACGACGUCGACGGCGACCCAUGUGGGUGGUGAGUACGAAGCUUGGGAGAAGAUGUUGCUGAUGGAUGACGACUUUGCGGUCCUCGGCGGCAGCGGUUUCUUCUCGUCGUGGAAAGAUGACCAUCUUGUAUUGGAGUAGGUACGUUGUAAUUACUUUGUCGUCACCUAGCUUGUUAGGUAGUUUUUAGAUAUAACAAUUGAAUUGAAUUCCUUGGUAAUUAAUUGCGUGCGUGAGUGAGUUGAUGGAAAUCUAUAUCUGGAUUCAGUUUAAGUAAUUAAGAUUUUCAAUUUGCAAGUCCGUUAUUUCAUUGUGAAUGCCCUAGACUUCGGUGCACUUAGUAACAAAUUUAUAGACAAAAUGUACGAUGAUUAUCCUUUUUCUCAAUAAAUUUUGUGAUUUCAUCACGUUCGGCAAAAAAAAGAACAUAAAUUUGUAACACUUUUAUCUACUUAAUUUACGCAAUAUAAAUCGUAUAAACAUACAUGUUCGUAGAGCUUAUCACAUUAAUAUUUUGUUUACUUCAAAUCUCGAUAGCUUUUAUUAUAAGCUUGUGAACUGAGUGCGGGUAAAAUUAUUUGUCAAACUUUCGUGUUUAUUGACGAAAUUUAUUCAUAAUCCAAGUAUUUUAGCCUAAAAUUGUUUCUUAAAUAAUACGAUUUCGCGAUUGUAAAAUAACGUCCAACUUUUCUCAGUUACAAACUUGUUCCAUAUAAAAUUCCCCUGUCACCUUAUUCAAAAAGCUAGUUGAUGAAAGUUUUGUCCUUAAAAUUAUGCCCUUAAUUUACUCUCAUGUCAUUUUCCUUCCUUUUCUUAAAUUAUAACUAGAAAUUCUUUCUUGUUGUUCUGCAGUUUAUCAGCACCACCCACUCUCUGUCGAUGAUGUACCUGGUUAGCAUUCGAAAGGUUUACAAUAAUAGAGUCUUCGCAGCAACUAGCUAGUAUUCUUAUUUGUUCAUUUAUUAAUUAUAGUUCCAUUUUUCAUAUCAAUUUCCUUAGGUUGUUGGGGGAGAAUUUCCUUUGAAUUAUACUAUAUAUGUACAGAAAUUGAUACAUACAAGGUCGAAGACAGUCCCAAUUAGAUCAUUCGAGACACAGAAAAUAAGGACAAGAAGAAAGAACAGAAACGAAUGUUUAAUGUUGCAAUUUGCUUUCAUUCGUAACAUUUUUAAUAAUUUGUAGCACUCUAU